AGGGUCCUCAAAGAUCCAAAAUACGAGUAAGUGGAGAUGAAGAGAGGAUGUUUUGGGCAGAAAGGUGUGUGCAAAACCCAAAAGGAGCGGAGCGUGGGGCAGGGUAAGGUCGGCAGGACCGGAUGCGCACCACCGCGGCCUCGCGGAUUUCUGAGCCCCUGGGAAACCUGGGAAGGAGGCUCUUGGUCGCCAUGUCUGCAGCAAGGUGAACCGAUGGAUCCAUGGCGCCGGGCCAGAGAGGUUAGGCGAUGACACCGGACCUGGAAGGCCCUGGGGUCAAGCCGCGGGAGGAGUCAGUUCCUGCGGGGAGAACCGAACCGGCCCACGUGGGUCAGGCCGCCCCGCCCAGCCGCGCAGACGUUGCUGGACUCUGCAGUCCGGGCCGAGGCCGGGGCUGGGGCUGGGAGCUGUGUGCCGGGACCAAGCAGCCACGCCUCUACGGGAGCUCGCGCAGGCGGAGGACCCUACCCCAAGCCCGCAGCGAGCAGGUCCGGAGGAACCGUAGCCAGCCCCGCAGGAGCGGGAGUCUCCAGGCCCAGGUAAACACUGACACCUGCUGCGCUUCUCAGCCUUCCUAACGCUGAGACCCUUUACAGUUCAUGUCGGGGUGGGCCCCACCAUAAGACCAGAUGUUUGCCGCCAUCCAGCCAGGACUAGCAGAGGGGGCCCAGUACCUGGGGGCCCUGCCUCCCGGAGUAUGUCAGCCAGAGCUCCAACCAGACAAUAAUUCCAACUUUGUGGAGAGUGCUAAAGAUGCCAACAAGAACUGGCAUGGUGUGCCCGGCAAAGCGGAACCCAUCCUGAUGAGGAGCUCCUCCCAGUCGCCCUCUGAUAACCAGGUCUUCCAAGCCCCUGGGCUCCCCGAGGCUGGAGUGCGCAGCCCCCCGGAGGGUGCGGAGAUCCCCGGGGCUGAGCCUGAGAAGUUGAGCAGCGCCAGCAGCAUCUGCUCCCCCCUGGAGGACGUGGGCUAUGCCAGCAGUUCCUUGAGCAUCGACAGCCUGAGCAGCAGCCCAGAGCCCAUCUCUGAGAGCCCUCGAGGCCCGAGCCCCCUGGAUCCCCUGCUGCCCUCUGUGGCCCAGGCCGUGCUGCAGUUGCAGGCUCAGGAGCGCUACAAAGAGCGGGAGAAGGAGAAGCAUCAUGUGCACUUGGUGAUGUACCGUCGCUUGGCACUGCUCCAGUGGAUCCGGGCUCUGCAGCACCAGUUGGUGGACCAGCAGGCCCGACUGCAGGAGAGCUUUGACACCAUCCUAGACAACCGAAAGGAACUUAUCCGCUGUCUCCAACAGAGGGAAGCACCUUGCAGGCCCCAGGACCAGGGCUAAGGGUGUGCGAAAGUGUGUAUGCUUGCAGGCCUGUGGUUAUGCACAAAUAAAUACAUGAGUAUUAGUUGGCAUGAGUGCAAAUAAGUGUUUGUGCUAACAGGUAGGUAGGUUAUGUCCAGGCAUGUAUGAAUGAACUUAUAUGUGUUAUAUGUGGCAUGUAUGUUUAUGUAUGCAUGUGUGGCCAGGUACCCACUUAUUCUGGAAUAAGAUAUACAGGCAAAAGAUAUGUAUGCGUAUAUAUGAGUUUGAAUAUAUACAAGCUUGUGUUCGGUAUGAAUGAGCCUUUGUGUGUUGAGACUUAUGUUUGCCAGUGCCGGCAUAGGAAGCAUGUCCUGGGAACAUGUGUAUUUGCAGAAAGACUUUAGAGCAGGUGUGUGCAAACAUACGUUCAAUUACACCUGCAGGGCAUCCACCCAUCCCCUGUGUUCCCAGAGUCUACCCCAGCCUUGUUCUGUCCUGCGUCUCACAGCUUCCUGGAGAAAGAAGCCUGUCUCGCUGUCCUGUAUCUGAGGGUUGUAGCUAACCCAUUCUCCUGGAUUUCCCCGGCUACCUUUCCAUCCCUUCCCCUUAUUUAAUCCAGACCUUGCCCUGUCUGCUAAGACUGCCCUCCCUGAUGUUGGCUUUUUGGUAAGAGUUUUUUGUUUGGGGUGGUUGCUUUUUGUUUGUUUUGCUAAUUACAGUACAAGGGAUUGAGCCCAGAGCCCUGUGCAUGCUAGGCAAAUGUCCUACCACUGAGUUGCACACCCAUCCUCCAAUAAGAGAGUUAUUGGCUGCUCCAGCCUUCCUUCGCACCUGUGCUGCUGUUUGGUCAGGACACUUGGUGGAGAAUGGGUAUCGGGAAGGAAACUGGCAUGGUGGUGGAGCCUAUGGCAAGGGUGGGAGUGGGGAUAAAGAAAAAUAAAACUAUCCUCUUAACAAGAUGCUGGUGGUGCAGGCCUUUAACCCCAGCACUCAAGGGGUUGACCAAGAGGCAGAGGCAGGUGGAUCUAGUGAGUUCCAGGAGAGCCAGGGCUACAGGGAGAAAUAAGGAAGGAAGGAAGGAAGGAAGGAAGGAAGGAAGGAAGGGAAAGGAAGGAUCUUUUUGAACCCUGUCUUUGUCUCUGUGGGAGGGAGGAGAGAGUGACAAUGUAGAACUCUAUGAAGAUUAGGAGAAUUACAAAACCCACCAUACUGCUCUACUGUGAGGAGAGAGGCUGAAAUCCAUACGGUUUAAACUUCUGUUGAAAGGAACUGUGUCCAUGUAAGCAUGCAGGUAUUAGACCAGAUACACCAAGGCCAUGGGGGAGGGGACCUCCCUUCUCUUCACCUCUCCGUGGCUGUGCCUACCUUGCUUCAGCAGCAAUGAAUGUCCAAUUGGGUUGUUUUGUUUUUCUGAAAUCAGCCUGUCCAGAGGAGCUAGAGCUCAGCUUUCCAGUCGUACAGAGGACAGUGUCAGUCCAGCCUCCUGAAGCUCUCAGGAUGGUUGACUAUACUCUUCUUUUACUGUGGCCCCUUUGAACAAGGGUUGACAGGCUGCAGCAGAGGCUUCAUGCCUUGGAAACGUGUAUUGGGUGGGGCAGUAGUUAAGGUAGUAGAACCUUUUGUUUUGGUUCUGGGUGCCAAGAGAAUGCAAGGUCCUAAUGGGUGAGCAAUGACAGGAAGAGGCAACGGUGGCAGGUGACAGGGACAGCUACCUCUGGGCAUCAGUCUCCCCACCUGCAAAGUGGGGCCUCUUCCACUCUAUCUCCAGACAGUUCCGUCCUUGAUCGGUGAGUGGGUGGGUGGGUGGAAUGUGGGCCCUGGGACUUUCUAUAGUUCUUGCAUGUUGAAUGUGAACCUGGCCUCUGGACCAAUCCAGGAUAAAUAAACUAAGGCAGAAAAUUAAA